AUGGAAAAACCUGUGAUUUUCCGUAGAGAAGAUAAAAAACGCCGAGUACCGAAUGAUUUGGGCCAAGGUGUGCUUACAGACGUCUCUCUAUGGCUGCUGAACCAAACAGGAAGUCGAAGCAUACACUGCAGAGAAGCCUGUAUGGGAUUAUUCAUAAACAUAGCUCCGUUAUCGAGUGAAAGUAAAGUAAACUUGCACGAAUUUAUAGAAGAACAUUUAGACACUACUGUAGCGAAUCUGUAUGACGUGAAGGUGAUCAAGUUUUCGUCUCUAAGCAAGCAAUCCUACUGCGAUUGCGCCAAUUUCCUAAACUAUCUUCGUAAUCUAUUGUGCUGCUUAGAUGGCUACAAGUUUAUUGUCAAAAACAACUUAGAAACAGUUAAUUUUGACGAAGGUGUAUUUAGCGAAACGCAGAAGUUUUUGGAAAAACUACAAACAGCAGAUUUAAGUACGUGUUUGAGUUUAAUUGCAAGAAAAUCAUGGACGUUUACUACCUUGGACAAAGAUAUGUUUGUGACAUUGAAAUCGGCGUGUAUAUUAUCGAUACUAAAGUUGUAUAACGCUAUAAUUCACAAUGAACUUCUUUGUCGUAAAUCAAACUCUAUAUGGACAAAAGAAUUUUAUAAAUUAGUGGCUUAUUUAGUGUUAACUCCACAAGAGCUGGGUCUAGUAAAUCUUAUCAGUACAGAAUACACAGAUAUACUAGUGAUCUUGUUAAAUUCUUUACCAAGUAAACUCCCAAAAACUUCUGUAGCUUCUUUAAAGUCGACAUUGAUGGACAUUAUACAAAAUUACAAAUAUUCUUCUAUUGAUCUAGAAAAAAACAUGUCCUUAAAACAGAGGAAUUUACUAAAGGGUGUGGUUUUGCUUCAUAGUACUACAGUUGGACAAGACAUGCAACUGUUUGGACAUGUUAACUCCUUACUAGAGACUUACUUUAGAAAUUUUGGGGAAAGGGUUUCUAAUGGAACGAUUUUUAUAAAUCAUUUACAGGAUACAUCGUUGAGUUACACUGUUGCUCUUCUGAAGUUUGUUUUGGCUGAAAAUAAUAGUACGAACAAACUUAUUGACCCAGUUCAUUCCAAUUUGUCGGUUCAAAGUGUUGAGAUGGGGAAGGAACUUCCGUUUGGCUUGUAUUUUUUGAAUAUUUUUGCUGAAGCCGUUAUUCCAGCGGUUGUACGAGAUUUUGAAACGUUUUUAAAGCUUUCAUUGGACAAAAAUAAUAUCAAACUUACUAUAGACAUUACUAUGCUUGUUUUAAAGAAUGUUGUCAAAGAUAAACAGUAUAAACAAUCAUUUAAUGAGAUUGCGAACUGUGUAUUGAAGUUUUGGAGUCGUUUUGCAGAGUAUUUCAGUGUUAGCAAGGAAAGUAUUACUCUUGGUAUGGAGUUUUUAGCACUUUUUGUCCAAAUAUGCCACUCUGGUUCUUCUGACAUGCAAGAUUGGUUGGUGGAUUGUAUGAUUAGAGAGAAUGGAGUCAAUUGUAUAGAAAUAUUUGAACUUCUGGCGAAGAUAACGAAGAGUGAUGUAUCAGAAGAGCAAAGCUCCAGUUUGAAGACCUUAUUGAUGCUACUGAACGAAAAAAUCGCAUCUCAAUCAUCAAAUCAAGAAAUUGUCACGAACAGUUUCAACAAACUGCUUACGUUCUUCCCUGUGGUAAAAUCACCGAUAAUUUUCGAAUAUUUAACAGAAAUCUACGUGAAAAUACCCCCAAGUGUAGAUAUAAACAAUUUACUAAGAAGAUUCAUGUACCAAUUGGAUAUAAGUGUCCACCCUUUAUUCCUAGAACACAUAUACACCAUGGUUAUGGAGAAACCUCAGCAUUGGUACACGAUUGCCAAAGAUAUACUUUCUGUGGUAUUUCAGACCUGUAACAUCGACUCCUUCGAGCAAUUUUUCAUCAAUAACAUUAAGAAUAUGCUCGCAAUUUUGGAAGGAAACGGUUUAGAAGAGUCCAUUGUUAUUUUCAUACUUGUGGAAAUUCUUUUCUUGAGAAUUGCUAUCGGGACGGAAGAACGGAAGGACUGUGACAUUUGCGCAGCUGCAGAAGAACCCAAAUUACUUCAAAAGUUAUUGGGAUUUGCGUUUAACGCUUUUAAGGUAACUGAUAGUCGAGGAGACCUUCUGAGACAGUAUAAAUGCCACGCCUAUAACGCCUCAGCAUCGAUCAUCAGCAAUUCUGUAAAAAAAGAAGCGUUUUACAAUAAACUAUUUAAGAGAGAAGACAAAAACGUGGAUAUCUUAUGGCACGCUAUCGUUAAUACUGAAAUUAGCUAUGAUUUUCCGAAAAAUUUUGAUUCCUUGCCGACACAGAAGAAGAUUUUGGUGAAUAUUCGAGAUGAACUUAGGAAAAGUCGACAAAACGCUGGUACCAUGUCCAAAAGUUUACAGUACAUCGAAUCUCAAAGACUUUUUAACAGUUCUUUGAGCGAAGACGUCACUAAAUUCGACUUCACAAACAGCGUACUACGGUCCGAAAGCGCCGCACUAAAAAAGAUGCAAGAUAAUAGACGACUGCAGGUCGAGUUGUUUUUAGAUUCGACCGAAAUAAACGAACACGAGUGCAUGGGCACUGUUUGUAGUCUCAUCCAACAUAUGUUUGAUACUGGAGUGUGUCAGAUGCCCUUCGAUGACGAAGAAAAUGUAGCUUUACCAGAGUGGAUGAAAGGACUAAGAUCUAUGCUUCUAAAUGACACCACUCACAAAAACGUGAAAAUUUUCUUGGUCAAAGUCAUUGAUAAUAUGAUAGACAUCUUUAACGGCUACGCAAAAUUUUUUCUGGAGCCUUUAAUAAAGUUCGUCGUCGAUCUUUCUGCCGGGAAUACUAUUAACUACUUCGUUACGGAUAUGCUUGUAAUUAUUUCAAAAUGGGCCUCUAUGAUACCAAAACUCUCCGAUCAAGAAGCCGUUUUGGCUUCCAAGCUUCUAGAAUUCUUAAUCAAAAACCUCGAAAGGGACCGUCAAGACGUCUUUAAAUACAACAUCGAGUUGCUGAAACUAAUCGUCGAGGCUUGGAAGAAACACCUCAGAGUACCUACGCAAAUCAUCGAAGAUUUCUUUUCUACAGAAGAGACAUCAGAGAUUGGUAUUUACGUUUCGUCUGUGCUGUUGGUUAAUGGUCUGGAGCCUUGGGAGAGGGGUGAGGAACAUCGAUUUUUAGCGCUGAUGUUAAAACCACUGAAUUCCGCAACAAGAAGAAUUUACAGGGCGUGCGCAGAGACUUUAGGGCCAAUGAUGAACGUUCUAAAAGCGGAGGAAUACGUCGAAAGAGUCAGUGACGUUCUGAAAGGGAUGUGGCCAAUUGAUAAGUACGUCGCUUGUAUGGAAGGUGUAGCAAUCAAGUACCCUCUCAUAGUGGACAGACAUCAUGUUGUUCGUAUAAUAAGCACACUGAACCAAACCACGUCAUCUGACAGAGCUAUCUGUUUGAAAAUCCUCCUUAAAAGACUGGAGGUGUCUUUAGACAUCCUGGAACAAUUGACCGACUUUCAGAUAGUGAACUGGAACGAACAUAUCGAAGAUUCCAACUUGGAUAUUCAGAUUGUUACUUUAGAAUUGAUCAAGAGAUGUUUAACGAAGUUUGUAACUUACCCCGGCUUUGAAAGGGUUGUAACGGCACUGGCUAGAAAUAUUUACCAUCCAAAUGUUGUAUUCAGGUCGUGUUUGUUCGAUGUAGCCAUUGCUAUGUACAACACUAAAAGUGAUCAUACUAACACGUGUAAAAGUAUCUUGAUACUCGGUCUUGUAGACCCCGAUAUGGACAACCAGAAAAAAAUCUUCGACUUCUGGGAGGAUAAUGGAGUUCUACCACGAAAGAUCAUCGAUCGAUUUUCAUUUUUACUAUCCGAAUUGUACAAAUCGAAAAUUGAAGACAAGUUGUUGGGCCUGUCUUCGUAUUUUCUCGUGAAUAUGCUGGCUACCAGCGACAAAUACGAUGCUAUGAUUUUCGAACAUCCAUUAGAAGAUUGUAACUUCGAGGAUUAUAAUUUGGAGACCAACUGGAAGCUGCAGCAUCCCUCAGUGGUGCCUAUGUUUGCCGAAACGUUAGAUAUAAACACUUUAGGAAGCAUGACGUUUUCGGGAGAGAGAGAUAUUUUUGCUUUGCGACAGACACAAUCAACAUUCCAAUUCGCUCCAACACAGUCGUUCCACGAACAACAACUAUCUACACACACCAGCCUGCAAAGUACAUUAGGCAUUGACCUGGACACGAAGUUCAAGAAUCCUAAUACUGUAAACAUAUCCCAGAAGUACCGAGUCAACCGAAGACGUUUCCUGAAAGAUAGGUCGAAGAUUUCUUACAUGAUGGCCAAUUUCGAAACUCAAAAGAAGGAAACUACGGAGAAAAAGAGAAAGGAAGCUGCCAUUGAAAGGGAGAAAAAGGUUACUAUUUACAGGAGUUACAGGAAGGGCGACUUUCCCGAUGUUCAGAUAGCUUUGUCGGCUCUUUUGAAACCUUUGCAGGCGUUGGCUUUGCACGAUAGCGAGAUGUCGAAGAUACUCUUCUUAGAAAUAUUUAAAGGCCUCGCUAACAAAAUAGAAAACAAUCAACAAUUCCUGUCUUCUGUGUCAGAUAGCAUCAAAAAUAUCUUUCAAUCAUCAGUGCAAUUCAAUCGUUAUCUAUUUGCUGCUCUAUUGGACAUUUUGUUGAAAAACAAAGAGAAGAUGGUAUUUGAUACAAAACUUAUUUCUUAUGUUGCACAAGAAAGUGGUUUAGCUUCUACAGGGGCGCUUUUAAUCGAGGAAUAUCUUAUAUCUGGUGUAGGGGAUGACAUGCCUAGUACCAGCAAGCGGAAAUUUAGAGAAGACGACAGAGAAACUGUAAGCUGGAUUAAAUUGGCAGAGUUAUAUAAAGAACUGGAAGAGUGGGAUACCGUUCGAGCGAUCUUCUUAGAAAAAAUGGACUGUAAACGCUCCCUUCAAAAAGCCAUCACCUUUGAGUCAAAGUAUUUGUACAAAGACGCUGCUGACCUUUAUAAAAAGUUGAUCGUAUCUGAUCAAUCGCACAACAGAAGAGAUUUCUACUACGACGCCUAUUUCAAGUGCUUUGCCAAUCUGGGCCAAUGGGAAACUAUUCCGAAUGCUGUAGCGACUGUUGUAGGUACUGAAGACACGUGGACGAACCUUUGGCAAGACGAGUGGUUCCAACAGAAGCUUCUGCCUUGGUACAUAACGUCCCACGUGAAAAAUCAGUUGUUUACACAAGAAACCGACGUAGAAUUUUUGACUAAUUUGAACAGCUGUCUGUCAGAUUCUAAAAGUGAGGAGUAUCUCAAUACUCAUUUUUCAGAAGAAUUGUGCAUGCUGUGGUUAUGUGAGAAGGACAUGCAUACAGCUAAACAUUAUUUAAGAAUUUCGGAGAAGAAUUUCUUGGAAGACUGGCAAAUUUUGAAUCCAAUGUUCCAGUCGCAGCGUUUUCAAAAGCUGUUGAAGCUCCAAAAUAUCGUUGAAAUAUCAGAUUUUAUUGAAAUCUUUAAGUCUAUAGACGAUAUCGAUAGAGUUUUGCAAACGCUGAAGAACAGAUGGUCAAGUAUCCCAAUUGAAGCAUCUUCCUCUUUAAUACUGAGUGAAACCAAAUUGCUGUAUAGAAAACAAUUUAUUACUAAUAUCUUGGAUAAAAUAUCGACAAUGUCUGGUUUGGAUACGAGAUUAUUUAGGAAAGAGCUGUAUAAGUCAAAAGUUAAGAUGGAUAUUGAUUUGAUCACAACAGCAACCGAGAGGGGGAACUUCAACAUGACUAAAAAGUAUCUGGUAUUCUACGAGGACAAGGAACAUCCCAAAUUAAAUGUUGCCACGGGUGUUCUGUGGUUACAAAAGUCUAAAAUGGUGACUGAAUUAAAUGAGAAGAUGAAGUAUCAUGUAAAGGCCGUUGAAACUUUCAGAGAUAAUCUGAAACGUCCCGAAGAUGAAUCAAUAAAAUUAACCACCAACAGCAAGCUUUUCGACGCGCUUAUCGAUAUGUCUGAAUUAAUGUCAUCUAAUACAAAUCUCCUAACAUUUAGUGAACAAAUUUCUUCAGUAUUGGGCAUCUCUGUCAAUACAAUCGCAGACAUAGAAACGUAUGCUUGGAAUACUUUAAAAUGUUCGGUAGAAAAAUGCAACACCGAGGAAAUGGACAGCGAUGUGGAUAGAAAUGAUUCGUCUGAUAAGUUUAAAAGAAUUGCUGAUACCUAUAUUAAACUGGCACAUUUUAUUAGGAACAAAAACGAUAGUAGUUUGGAGGGUGAGUUUAUGUUGUUCGUAUUGAGAGCGAUGAAGCUGAACUCUUCGGAAGCCAGGCAGCUAUUUCCGUGUAUUUUAAUGGUAAAGAAUUUGGCCACUGCGCACAAGGAACUGUUUCUGAAAGAGACCGAACAAAUUCCCACUUGGAUGUUUCUGGGCUGGAUACCACAAUUGCUGGUCAACGUUGACUCCCCAAAAGUAUUUGUCGUGUCGAAACUGAUCCAAAGAAUAGCUGAUACUUAUCCACAAGCUAUAAUGUAUCCUUAUAGGUUGAGUAAAGAGAAUUAUAAUUUUAAGGAUGAUGGGGUUCAAAGUGAAGCUGAGAUACUCAUAGAAAGGUUAGAUAAACAACUGUUGAAAGACGAAAAAAUAAAUAAAUUUUUAAAAGCUUUAUCCUACGCAAGUAUUCCGGCAAAUAUCCUUAUAUAUAAUGUAAGAAAAAUUAAGGAUUCUGAUGACAUUAAUAGUAUCAAAAAAUAUAUACAGUGUGUUCAAGAGGACGUUUUUAACCAAGCUUAUGGUACCAAUAAUGUGAAUAAUAUGCAGGGAAACAUGUUUAAGUCGAUAAGAAGAUUCGAAAACAUUUUUACCCGAAUGUCAGACAUGCCAAUUAAUGAGAUCAAAACUUAUGCCCAAAUGAUAUUAUCAGAAUCGGACAAAAUAUCGAACGACGAACCCUCAUUAUUAUUAAAAGAAUAUUGUCCCUGGUUAGCGAACUUUUCGGCCAACAAACUUAACAUGGAAUUAGAAAUACCCGGUCAGUACGAUGGACAGAAGCUACCGGUGCCUCAGCAUCACGUGAAGAUAUCAGGCUUUCAUCCAGAGAUUGCUGUAAUGUCAUCUCUGCGAAAACCCAUAAAAAUUAGAAUGAUUGGUAUGAACACCAAAGAAUAUCCAUUCUUGAUCAAGUUUGGAGAAGAUAUAAGGCAAGAUCAACGAAUACAACAACUUUUUGGUCUUAUGAACAACAUUUUAAGAAACGACACUUCUUGUUCUAAUAACGGAUUAGAUAUUCUAACUUACCAGGUAAUUCCAUUAAAUUCCAAUUUGGGUCUAAUCCAAUGGGUUAACGAUAUUCAAUCGUUAAGAAAUUUCGUAAUAAAAGCACUGACAACUCAAUCACAACUAGGCGAUUUUUCAAAAAAGAUUAGGGAAGAAUAUGAUCACUUCAUAUCAAAAGGCACCAAGGGCAACCCUUUUCACAUCUACGGAAAAGCUGCUGUAGCGAUUAGAAAGGAUAGAGUUGUCCAUAAUUAUAACAGCUUGGUUAAGAAGAUUCCAUGGGAUAUCAUGAGGACUUCGUUUUGGAUUUUAAGUACCAGUACCGAAAACUACAUAGCCUUACGCAACAACUUCAUAAAGACGUACUCAGUAAUGUGCGCAGCUCACUGGAUCUUGGGCAUCGGUGACCGCCAUUUGGAAAACAGCUCGAUAUGUCUAAGAAACGGUAAGGUCCUGGGCAUCGACUUUGGCCACUCCUUCGGUACCGCCACCCAAAUACUGCCAGUACCCGAACUAGUACCAUUCCGACUGACACCUCACAUAGUCAGUCUCAUGGAGCCGCUAAAGGAGAGAGGCCCUUUCAGGGAAUACAUGAUACAUUGUUUGAAGUGCUUAAGAGCUAACAGUUCAUCUCUGUUGGCGACUAUGAACGUCUUUAUACAAGAGCCGUCCCUAGAUUGGCUAGAACAUGCCGAAGCCGGCGACGACUGCCAGAGUAGCACGUGGUACCCGUUAGUGAAGCUGGAACAAGCCAAACGAAAACUUAAUGGUGCAAACUGCGUUGACAUCAUGGUAGAGGAGUUAAAGGCUGGGAUGAGAAACCAGCAAUAUACCGAUGCGUAUGUGAAACUAGUUUUGGGAGAGACAAAUGAAAAUUUCCGGACAAAGUUUGUUGGAAAAGAAGGUUUAACUGUUGAGGAUCAGGUAGAUUGUUUAAUAGAUCAUGCUACUGAUAGCAAUUUAUUAGGACGAAUGUGGAGGGGAUGGUGUCCAUGGGUGUAAGAUAAUGCAUUAGAGAUGUAAAAAGUGUUUAUUUUUUUAUAACGUUAAUUAGUCAAGUUUUUAUGUUUGUAUUAGAAUAUUUAAAUAAAAUCAAUUUUGU